AUGGUCGUGACCACAAGAAGUGGAAGAGGUGGGAAUGCACCCACAUCAAGUCAAAGGCAACUUGUUGAAGAUUAUCAAGUGGUGAAAGAAGAGGAGGUCCCGAACAAUAUAGUGCAACCUAAUGAGGAAGUUCGAAUUGAUACUGAUGAUAGUGUGGAAGAUACUCAAGAGGAGGGAAGUAUCAGAGGGCAUUUCAGCCUCAAGCAGCCGGCCAUACAGUCGAGGUCGCAGGGGAGACACCAAUUCAGGGACGAGCCGUCCUCAUCUCAUAGCACUUCCAAGGGAUCGGAGAGUGCUAGUCAGGCUUCUGAGUCAUCGGCCACACCAGUUCCUGAGGCACAGGUUCCUACACCAGUUCAUGACAUAACUGAUGAUGGUAGAGGGGGAGAUGCCACUACCACAAGGGUAGAGCCGAGGGAUUUUGACACAAAGGUGAAGCCAAAAAAGCCUUUUGAUUCGUGUUCUCUUAUGGAUGCGAGAAACCCGAAGAAGAAAGUUCAGCCUCCUACCACCACAAGACGGUCUAAUGAGCCAGAAGUGGUAGUUUCUGAGACAGUUGAUGUUCCAUCCACUUCAGCCCAGCCUUCCUCCAGUGCCACAGCUAUGCCUCUGCCAUCAUCCACAGCCCCUCCUACAGCUCAUGCCAUAGCUCCUGCCACAGCCUCAGCUCUUAGGCCAGUGUCCAUUCCAACUUCCCCACUAUCUACGCUGCGAGUCUCCCAGACAUUGGCGAGUCUGAACAACUAG